AUGCUAAAAAUUCUUCUCCCUACUAUUAUGCUUGUUCCCACUAUUUGAAUUACCCCCGCCAAACACCUCUGAUCCACCACCCUUUCAUACAGUCUAAUCAUUUCCUUAAUUAGCUUAACCUGAUUAAAAUCAUCCACAGAAUCAGGCUGAUCCUUCCUUAGCCCUUACAUGGCAACUGACCCUCUUUCCACCCCCCUCCUUGCACUAACCUGCUGGCUCCUCCCCCUAAUAAUUCUUGCAAGCCAAAACCACACAGCAUCCGAACCCAUCUCUCGCCAACGAACCUACAUCACCCUCCUUACAUCCCUACAAAUUUUCCUCAUUAUAGCUUUCAGCGCAACCGAAGUAAUUAUAUUUUACAUUAUAUUUGAAGCCACCCUCAUUCCAACCCUAAUUAUCAUUACCCGCUGAGGUAAUCAAACAGAACGACUAAACGCAGGGACCUACUUUCUAUUUUAUACAUUAGCAGGCUCACUCCCCCUCCUUGUUGCCCUCCUGCUACUCCAAAAUAGCACUGGAACCUUAUCCCUUCUAACACUACAGUAUACUCCUUCUAUACAACUUUCUUCUUUCGCCGACAAACUAUGAUGAGCCGGUUGCUUACUCGCCUUCCUAGUAAAAAUGCCCCUCUACGGGGCCCACCUUUGACUUCCUAAAGCACACGUUGAAGCCCCAAUCGCAGGUUCUAUAGUACUAGCCGCAGUGCUACUAAAACUGGGAGGUUAUGGAAUAAUACGAAUAAUAAUUAUGCUAGAACCCCUCACCAAAGAACUCAGUUAUCCCUUCAUUAUCUUCGCUCUCUGAGGUGUAAUUAUAACAGGCUCUAUCUGCCUCCGCCAAACAGAUCUAAAGUCACUCAUUGCUUACUCCUCCGUAAGCCAUAUAGGCCUCGUAGCAGCCGGCAUUCUAAUCCAAACCCCCUGAGGCUUUACAGGCGCCCUCAUUCUAAUAAUCGCACACGGUUUAACUUCCUCCGCCCUCUUCUGCUUAGCUAACACGAACUACGAACGAACACACAGCCGAACUAUAAUUUUAGCGCGAGGACUCCAAAUGGUUUUACCCCUAAUAACCGCAUGAUGGUUCAUUGCCAGCCUCGCAAAUCUUGCACUUCCCCCUCUCCCAAACCUCAUAGGAGAACUCAUAAUUAUUACCUCCUUAUUCCACUGAUCCUGAUGAACAAUUGCACUUACGGGGGCUGGAACUCUAAUUACUGCAGGCUACUCCCUAUACAUGUUUCUCAUAACACAACGAGGGCCGCUACCAACACAUAUUAUUUCCCUCGACCCAACACACUCCCGAGAACACCUACUCAUAGCCCUCCAUCUCCUACCCCUCAUUCUUCUAAUUCCCAAGCCCGAACUAAUUUGAGGUUGGACCGCCU